AUACAGCUUUCCAUUUGUAUCUCAUUUUACCCAAAAUGUACAGAAGAGGCAUCCAAUUAAUCGAACACCUUGUCUGAAAUUUUGGAGACAGGCGGAUUUGUUUCCACGUGGAUCCCUAGUACCCUCAUCCUGUAAUUUCAUUCAACGAAGCACUUGUCUCUAUCAUAUUGAUUUCAUCUUCCCCUGUUCACACCGACAAUCUUCCAGAUUCAUCAUAUGCGUCAUGCCUUACAGCACAAAAAAAGCUCUUCGUCCGUUGUGGAAUUGUUCAUCACGCAACGUAACGCAACAUGAUUGAAAAUUAAAGUGUCGUGCAGCUGUCAGCUGCCUUACCUGUGUGUGCCUAUAUAUAUAGAUAUAAUUUGUGUAGUGUAAGUGCAACUCCAAUUUCUUAGUUUCUUGCAAAUUCAGAUCAGUCACUCUUCUAGUCCUUCCUCUGCAGUGAGAAACAACAUGCGACUUUCGCAAGCUUAUAUAUUUUUAUCAGCAAUACUAUUGCUCUUAUCACUGUCUCAUGCUUUAUGGAAGAAGGAAAGUAAUGUCAAGGAAGCCGUUUUUCUUUCCCCCAAGUUUGAAUUAGAACCAGGAUCAGUUCAAAAUAGCUAUUACUAUGAUAUAGGCUUCCCAAGAGGCCAUAUCGCAAUAAAGAGUUUCAAUGGUGAAGUGGUUGAUGAAAAAGGCAAUUCUGUCCCUCUUCAUGAAACUUAUCUCCAUCAUUGGCUUGUUGUUAGAUACCAUCAACGUAAAGAGGUGACAAACACAGGUAAUAAUGAGUCAGAUUCAGAUCAAGUGAUUGUAGGAAAUAGCGGCUUAUGUCCUGCAGGUACUCUUGGACAGUAUUUUGGUAUUGGAUCCGAAACACGCGGCACAAAUACUGAUAUACCAGAACCUUUUGUGAUAGAAGUAGGCAAUCCUGCAGAAAUUCCAAAUGGGUAUGAGGAGAAAUGGAUGCUUAAUGUCCAUGCCAUCGAUACCAGAGGUGUUGAAGAUAGGUUGGGGUGCAUUGAGUGCAAAUGUGAUCUUUAUAACAUCACAAAGGAUGAAUAUGGCCGGCCUUUGAGGCCCGAUUAUAUAGGCGGUUUGCUGUGUUGUUAUCAUAAUACUCAGUGCAGGGUAAAGAAAGGCCUUCAGCUACCAAGGAGAAGCCUCUACUUAAGAUAUACAAUUAAGUGGGUUGACUGGAGUGAUUUCAUGGUGCCUGUUAAGAUUUAUAUACUUGACGUGACCGACACUUUGCAAGCACCACAUGGUUCUAAAGCCUUGGGUACAAAACAUAAUUGCAAGGUUGAAUAUGAUGUUGAGUCUUGCAGCAAUAGCCAUAAGGAUAAGAGUGAAUGCAUUGAUGUCAAAAGAACAAGCCUCCCUAUGCCAAGAGGUGGCUAUGUCAUUUAUGGUGUGGCUCAUCAACAUGCGGGUGGAAUUGGUUCAACUCUGUAUGGACAGGAUGGAAGGGUUAUAUGUUCUUCAACACCAAGCUAUGGAACCGGGAAGGAGGCAGGGAAUGAAGAAGGCUACAUUGUAGGAAUGAGCACUUGUUAUCCUCAACCUGGUUCGGUCAAGAUAAUUGAUGGAGAAACCUUAACUCUGGAAUCCAACUACAGUCGUGGCAGCCGUCCGCAUACUGGAGUUAUGGGGCUCUUCUAUCUCUUGGUGUCAGAACAGCUGCCAGACCAACUUCCUAAGCAUUCUUCUCGUGCUUCAUUAUUUGAAAAUAUAGACAAAAUAUUUUAGAUAGUAAGUGGAGUCUCCUUUACAUACAUACAUACAUACAUACAUAUAUAUAUAUAUAUAUAUCAUUGUCUAGUCUGGUGAGAACUUCUACUUUGCUCUUAUCUUGAAAAAUAAUGUAGUGGAUGUAUUGUUCUAUGUGGGGUGUGUGUGUAAUGUGUGUAAUGAGAGUAAAUGGGCAAGUAUACUUUGUUCCACACUUUGUAUUUUUCCCCUACGUCUUUUG